AUGUAUCCCAAUCAUGCCCGUCCCUAUGUGCCCAUGCCUCCCCCUAUGUCUACUACUAUGGAUAGAACUGUUAAGCAAAUACUCAAAUGCAUGGAAGAAAACUACGAAUCCACGGCCGUACGCUUGGUCAGAGGGGACUUCGUAGAGUAUCCUUACUCUUCGUUCAGCGAAAGGAGAUCGCGCCUGGCGGACAUGCAGCGGAACUUUCCCCGGAAUCACAACCCCGUUGUGGAUCACAGUAAUGCACUCCGCGAUUACAAUGAUGCACAAAAAGUCCUAAGCGUUAUCAAAGCAAUUGUGGAGAUCUACAUACCACCUUAUUCUCAGCCUGGCCGCAACAACAACAGCUGGUUGGGAGCAGGAGCAGAUAAGGCAGUAAACCUUGGUGACGUCUAUCGUCAGGUUGAAAACGCAGAUAGUAGAAAGGGAAAAAUUAUCUGUAACUUUGUGACAGCUCUUCUUAUUCAGAGCUAUAAUCCUGAAAAAUGGAACAAACUUUACGUACGAGUACAACCGGGACCUUGCUACAUAGUAGACUACGAAUUGAUUGCUAGAUUUCUGGUGGAAGUUGACCUUCGAAAUAACAAUAGGCUACAAAACACAUAUUCCGGCAAUGUCACUGAGUGCAUGUGA